GUCAGUCUGUCACUGCUUGCGGCAGGGUGUGGACGUCCUUCAAGUCAUUCCCUUUACGUUGAGUGGUUGUCCAGUGGCCCCCUCUUGACGCACUGUGACCAUAAUACACAUAGCGAACACAAAUCUACACACAACUCACACAAAUCCAAGUGACGUUUCCUCAGGCAUUUCCCACCAUUAAAGAACACGAUAAGGCCUUGACGUGAAUUUGCCGCCAUCAUGAAAAUCGUAUUGCCUAAGUUUACUAUCGUCAGGAUGUUUUUCGUGGUGAUAAUUAUACCCACGGCCAUGGUGUUCGUUACCAUAGCCACCAUGCACCAUGAUCCGCGGGAAUACAAGGUGACGGAAGAAGUAUACCUAGAGAUAGAGAUGGACGGGAAGCCUCUCGGGAAGAUGGUAUUCGCGCUCUUUGGUGAGGACGUCCCCCUUACUGUCAACAACUUCGUCACCUUUGCCACCAGAGGCUUCAAUGAUUACUCCUACAAAGGUUCCGCUUUCCAUAGAGUGAUCAAGCAGUUUAUGAUACAAGGAGGUGACGUAGUUAGUGGUGAUGGUAAGGGCAGCAUCUCGAUCUAUGGCCACAGCUUCCCAGAUGAACGACUGGACAUCAAACACGCCACUCCCGGCUUUAUCAGCAUGGCCAAUACUGGGAAGGACACUAAUGGCUGCCAGUUCUUUCAUCACUUGCAUCGCGACGCCUUGGCUGAACGGUCACCAUGUUGUGUUCGGCAAGAUUGUUGAAGGGGAAACUAUACUACACGAGAUAGAACACGUCGCCACGGAUUGGAACGAUCGACCACUCAAGGACGUCAUUAUCUCCAAUUCAGGUCGAAGGGCCGUAAAAGACACUUACUACAUUACUGACGACCCUUACAACAUGAAAGAUUGGCUCAAGACCAUCAGUUUACCCCUGGGGAUGUCCUUCUGCAUCAUCUUAGUAUUCAACCAUUUUAUAAAGAAACUCGACAACUUCAUUAUAGAAGAUGAUGGGAGCAUGGAUGAUGAAGAGACAGCUAAGAAGAAGAGGGAGAAGUACAUGGAGGAGGAGAAGAGGUUGUUGGAAGAAGAGGAGAAGAAGAAGAUAGAGGAAGAUGGGAAGAAGGAGGAAGGGGAUGAGGGAGAGAAGGAGAAGAAGAGGGCUAAUAUAGAAGUCAGGAAACGUGUUGGUAAAGCUGGGGGUAAUGGUGGAAAGGAGUGAGAGAGAGAGAGAGAGAGAGAGAGAGAGAGAGAGAGAGAGAGAGAGAGAGCUAUUGAGAGUAAGUGAGUAAGUGAGAUAGAGAGAAGGAGUAAUGGAAUGUAGACUGAGGUGAAUUAGCUUUAUAUGCUAAUGGAGAGAGAGGAGGAGGAGGGGAGAUGGGUUAAGAGAGAGAGAGAGAGAGAGAGAGAGAGAGAGUACGAGGAGAAAAUAAAAGUAAAUAGUUAUUAUAUUUUUUCUCUAUAAAACAUUGAUAUAAUCUGAUGUUUUAUCCAUUGAAAAAAUACUCACUUAUAAAAGAAUAUGUAGGUUUAAAAUGUUUUAAAUAAAUGAUAACAAAAUGA